ACACAGAAUGCGGUUUCAGACGCACACAAAGAUGCCGAAUAUUGCAACUGACGCAUGAGGGUUGGUGGGAGGAGCUUCGAGCAUCUUCCCCGAGCGUACUGUGGAACUCCAAUGCAUGGGGCGCAAACAGGGUUCAGAAGAAACGACAGAAGAACAGCUCUUUCCUUUUUAGAAAAAGGACGUCUGCGGGAAAAUGAAUUUGGAUAAACUUUGGGGGGUUUUUCAAAACAUGACAGCGCCGUUCUGAGGGCAAAGAGGGAAAGUGAAUCUGUGACAUUUCCUCACAGCUGACUGAGCUCUGGAACUUUGAGCAUGCCGGUUUUGGACAGGAAGCCUUCAAGGGGCCAAGGAGAUCAAAGUGGCCUUCCUAAAUUGCCCAUCCCUGACUUACAGCAAACAUUAGAUAUGUAUUUAAAGUGCAUGAGACAUCUGAUCCCUGAAGAGCAGUUCAGAAGGACUAAGGAUAUUACUGAGAAGUUUGGAGCACCCGGUGGGCUGGGAGAGAGACUUCAGAGAAAACUACUGCAAAGAAGAGAGGUUACAGCUAACUGGGUAUAUGACUACUGGGUUGAAGAUAUGUAUUUGAAUAACAGAUUAGCACUCCCUGUUAACUCCAGCCCUGUAAUGGUCUUCCCAAAGCAGAACUUCAGGACUCCAAGUGACAUACUCAGAUUUGCAGCUCAUCUAAUUUCAGGUGUAUUAGAAUACAAGUGUCUGAUUGAUGGACAUGCCCUCCCAGUGGACUUUGCCCGCGGCCAAUUAGCUGGCACGCCAUUGUGUAUGGAGCAGUACUACAGGCUCUUCACCACCUACCGCCUACCCGGGCCAAAGACAGAUACCCUGGUGGCUCAGAAGAGCUCUGUAAUGCCAGAACCAGAGCAUAUAAUAGUGGCCUGUAAAAACCAGUUUUUUGUUCUUGAUGUGGACAUCAACUUUCGGCGGCUCAAUGAGAAAGAUCUGUUCACUCAACUGCAGAAGAUAAUGACGAUGGCUGAGAGCGAGGAGGAAAACUUCCCUCCUAUUGGACUGCUCACCUCAGAUGGGCGGACUGAGUGGGCAGAAGCUCGUAGUGCUCUCAUUAAAGAUUCUACCAACAGGGACUCUCUAGAUAUGAUUGAGCGUUGCCUGUGUUUGGUGUGCAUGGAUGAACCCUGUGGCAUGGAUCUCAGUGACACAAACCGAGCCAUGAUGAUGCUCCAUGGAGGAGGGAAAGACAAGAAUGGAGGAAACCGCUGGUACGACAAACCCAUGCAGUUUAUAAUAGGUGCAGAUGGGUGUUGUGGUGUUGUUUGUGAACAUUCACCCUUUGAGGGAAUUGUUCUGGUCCAAUGCACAGAAUAUUUACUGAAGUACAUGAGUGGCAGCCCUUCAAAGUUUGUGCGAGCAGCAAGUGUGAGUGAGUUGCCAUCUCCAAGGCGCUUGCACUGGAAAUUUUCUUCAGAAAUUAAAAAAUUCCUCUCAUCUUCAGCAGACAAAUUACAGUGGCUUGUCAAAAAUCUAGACAUGAAUGUCCACAAGUUCAGCAGUUAUGGCAAAGAGUUCAUCAAGAAACAUAAAAUGAGUCCUGAUGCUUACAUACAAGUGGCUCUGCAGUUAGCAUUUUACAGAUGCCAUGGAAGACUUGUGCCAACCUACGAGAGCGCAUCAAUCCGUCGCUUCCAGCAGGGUCGUGUGGACAACAUUCGCUCUUCUACUGCUGAGGCCUUGGAAUUUGUGAAAGCCAUGACUGAUAAGAAGUCGAGUCUGAUGGAUUCUGAGAAGAUGGAGAAGUUAUAUGAUGCCAUUAAGGCCCAAACCAAUUAUACAAUAUUGGCUAUUACAGGGAUGGCAAUAGACAAUCACUUACUUGGACUGCGAGAAAUUUCUAAGGAGCUCAACCUGGAGAAGCCAGAGAUUUUCAAAGAUGAGACCUACAUCACCAGCAACCAAUUCAUCCUCUCCACAAGUCAGGUACCUACGACUGUGGAGAUGUUUUGCUGCUAUGGCCCUGUGGUCCCUAAUGGCUAUGGAGCCUGCUACAAUCCCCAGUCAGACCACAUCAUUUUCUGUGUGUCCAGUUUCCGUGACAGCCCAGAGACCUCUUCAGACAUGUUUGUGAAAGCUCUGGUGGAGUGCCUGGGGGAGAUGCAGGAUCUGUGUAACACUCAAGCCAAGCAUAGUAACACCAGAGAGAGGACUGGAGAGGCCAAUGAAGCUGUGAGGAGUAGAGGGAAGACAUAGUAUACACUCUUAGAAAUGAGUUCUUCAAGGAUUCUUUAAGGGUUCAUUGGAUAAUUAAGAGUUCUUAGCUUCUGAAAAGAAUUCUAGUUGGAACCCUUUCUGACAGGGAAACACACUAUUGGAGGGGUUCCAUUUAGGACCUUUAAGGGUUCCCCCUGAAGGAAGAACUCAUAAGAAUGUACCUGAGAAGUAAAUGCCCACCAGGGGUUUUUCAUCUGAAUUCCUUUUUUACCUCCCUUAAGAUGAAUAGUGUAAUUUAGCUAUUGUGUCCCGACAGCCAAAGAAUAAUACAUUAUACUAUUAUUAUGCGGUAGAUAAAAUAUUAAUGUGUGUGUAACAUAAUACUGUUUAAGAUUUUGUGCUGCCAAAAUAAAAGCUAUGAGAAUUGUACUACUAAGAAGAGAUAAAAAAGACUAAACAAGAAAUUCAGAAAAGUUGCUAGAAAAGUGUUUGCCCUAACAUCAUCAGAUAGCGAGGUCAAAUCCUAAUGAUGCCCGGAUGCCUGAUGAUGUUGUUCGGAAAACAAGAAAACAAAUGUGGCCAUGCUAUCUGCGUGAGUGGGAUGGCAUUUCUCUCUCUCCCCCGUCAAUCAGAGCGACACUAACCAAUGGUAGGUGUCUGUAAGCUCACUGUCUGUGGAAGAGGGCAGAUAGCGCCUUCUUCCCAGCUUUUCAGUGAUAUAGCUCAAGCAGCAGUUUGAAAAGAUGCAGUUGGCUGUCUUCAUGUAUCUCAGAGGAAGCACAUGCUAGCCUUCACGAUCCACAGUUGGUAGAUGUUGUGUGAUAAGGGAGAGCUGGCUAGUGAGUGGGAAUUGGCAAAUGCUUUAGUAUUUAAGGCUUUAGAGGCUUUAGUACAGACUGCAUAGAAUAAAAAUGAAUUUUACUAUAUUUACUGUUGGUGGAAAUGUAUGAAUAAUUUGUUGUUUUCAUGGUGUUUACACAUUAAUUACAUGACAUUGCAAUAUAAGUGCUGGUAUUCAAAUAUUUGGUUAGGUGAAACUGUAAGAGAAGAUUUGUUUGUUCUGUUUAGGUAAAUGAGCUACACUAUAUCACCAAAGGUUUGUGGACACCUGAGUAUAACACCCAUGUGCUUUUUGAACAUCACAUUCCAGUAUUAGUUCCUAUUAUAAGAACCUCCACGCGUCUGGGAAGGCUUUCCACUAGAUUUUGGAGCGUGCUUGCAGGGAUUUGUCCAUUCAGGCAUAAGAGCAUUAGUGAGGUCAGGCACUGAUGUCAUAUGAGGAGGCCUGGUGUGCAGUUGGUGUUCCAGUUCAUCCUAAAGAUGUUCAGUUGGGUUGAGGUCAGGGCUCUGUGCAGGACACUUAAAUUCUUCCACUACAACCUUCUCAGACCGUGUCUUUAUGGACCUCACUUUGAGUACAGGGGCAUUGUCAUACUGGAACUGGAAAUCUUAGUUUCAAUGAAGGGAAAUUGUAAUGCUACAGCAUACAGAGACAUCCUUAACAAUUGUGUGUCUUCAACUUUGUGUCAACAGGUUGAGAAAGGCCCAUGUGUGGGUGUGAAGGACAGGUGUCCACAUACCUUUGGCUAUAUAGUGUGUAGGUUGUUUUAAAAGACUUGUACCGUAAUCUAAGUCUGCAACUUUUGUGUGACUUCAUUAUCUAUACCAGAAUGCUCGUAGAGUAAAGGUUUCAGAUUUACAUGUACCUGUCAUACUUGUAUAAUACCAUCACCACCUAAAUAUAUACAGCAUAUGUAGUGCUCCAUUCCCACUGUUACUAAUGUCAGAUCUGGUCAAGGAUCUCUUUCCCUCUUUCUUAAAACAACAACAACAACAAACAAACAAACAAACAAAAACUGAUGACUGAAAUUAUUUAUAUGCUUUAAUGUUGCUGUCAAUAAUUGAACAUUGUAUGUAAGCAUUUGUCUUUUCGCCUCAAAGUAAAUAUCUGCAUGUAUUUGCAGAACAUCACUUUAUCUGUGACUCUGUUGGGAAAUGGUAUUUGUUAUUCAAUAGUAAUGCUUAUUUCUUACAUAAUGUCAAACUUCACAAAUUGUGACAAUAUUUAUAAAUAAAUUUCCAAAAUCUUUCAUGUCCAAGAUUGGACAAGGAUGAAAUUAUACAAUUAUAAAUAAUAUUAAUAAAACUGAAUUACAAAAUUAUGACAAAUAUGACAUUAUUACAAUUGGCACCCCGUCCAAGGUGUACCCCGCCUUGUGCCCCAUGCUCUCUGAGAUAGGCUCUAGGUUCCCCACAACCCUGUAGGAUAAAUGAUAUAGAAAAUGGAUGGAUGACAAUGUUUUUUAAUAAAAAUGUAUUAAGAUAUAAGAUUCAUCAUGUGUCCAUAUAUACUAUUCUAAAAAUCUAUUUGGAUAUCUAUUUAAAGUGUGCUAUUUCUGUGUUGUUAUUGAAUUUGUUGUAACAGUAAUUAAUUAGCCAAUGAGACAACAUGAAAUCCUGAGAAAAAUCUGAAUGUGUCCAAAGUAGUCUUGAGUAAUUUAAGCACUUUCUUGUAAAAGCGUUACUGGUAUAGCGGGUCAGUUUCUAAAUAUCUUUGUUAAACAUGUUGAAGUGUUAUUAGUGAAUCAUGUAUUUAAACUGGUUUGUUUUACAAAGUACAAAGUUAUUUUUUUUUUUUAUAUUUUUAUUUUUUAUGUGAAACUUCAUAUUUUAACAAAUGAAUA